GGACCCUAGGGUUUUUGCUAUAUGAACGCCUUCAUACGUUUCUUUCUGCUGCCUCCGUAAUCUCUAACCCGCCUCCUGCGAAGCUGAUCGAGGGUUAGCCAUGGUUUUUGUCAAGUCACAAAAGUCUCGUUCCUACUUCAAGAGGUUUCAAGUCAAGUUUAAGAGAAGGAGAGAGGGAAAGACCGAUUACCGUGCUAGAAUCCGUCUCAUAAAUCAGGACAAGAACAAGUACAACACCCCAAAAUAUAGAUAUGUUGUGCGAUUUACUAACAAGGAUAUAACUGCACAAGUUAUAUCCGCAAGCAUUGCUGGUGAUAUGAUUCUUGCAUCAGCUUAUGCUCAUGAGCUUCCCCAUUAUGGACUCAAAGUUGGGCUAACAAACUAUGCUGCAGCUUAUUGCACUGGGCUUCUUUUGGCUCGCCGGGUUUUGAAAAAGCUUGAAAUGGAUGAAGAAUACCAGGGUAACAUUGAGGCUACUGGUGAAGAUUUUUCAGUUGAGCCUGCAGAAAGCAGGAGGCCAUUCAGGGCUCUUUUGGAUGUUGGUCUUCUCAGGACAACAACUGGAAACCGUGUGUUUGGUGCUCUUAAGGGAGCUCUUGAUGGUGGACUUGACAUUCCCCACAGUGAAAAGAGGUUUGCUGGCUUCAACAAAGAUGGCAAAUCCCUUGAUGCUGAUGUUCAUCGCAAGUACAUCUAUGGAGGACAUGUUGCAUCUUACAUGAAUACUUUAAUUGAAGAUGAACCAGAAAAGUAUCAGACUCACUUCUCUGAAUAUAUUAAGGCUGGAGUUGAGCCAGAUAACAUUGAGGAGCUUUACAAAAAGGUUCAUGCUGCCAUUCGUGCGGACCCCACACCCAAGAAAAUUGCAAAGCAGCCACCUAAGGAACACAAGAGAUACAACCUGAAGAAGCUAACUUAUAAUGAGAGGAAGCAGAAGCUUAUUGAGAGGUUGAAUGCUUUGAAUGCUGCUGCGGGGGCUAAUGAUGAGGAUGACGAGGAAGAGGAUGACGAGUGAAAGAGUUUGAAUUUUGAUGUUUAAUUUGUUUUGUUUAGAUUAAGAUACAAGAAGUAUGUUUAGCAGCAUUUUGAGGAAUGUUGAACUUGUUUUUGUUGCUUUUCAAAUGGUGGUAGUAUUUUUGUUUUAGAGACAUCAAGUAUGUUUUUUGUUGUGUUCUUUAUAUCCGUCUUUUGUUGGCUUCUA